ACAAGGCCCAAAAGGGCAACAAAGCCAAAUGGGAGUCCUUCAACGCCCCUCGUGUUCCAGCAACUCAAAGCACCAACAACAACCACACUCCCAAGAUCAUCAUCACCUUCAUUCAGAAUCAUCCUCCCUCUCUUCCCAACCAAGUCUCCCUUCUGUUCCCUCCCUCACCCCACCACAAAACCACCACCAACCACCGCAAACCACCACCCACCACCGCCUCCUAGCCACCGUCAAAGCCCACACCUCCCCCAUCUCUGCCCUCACCCUCCACGCCAAGUCCCUCUUCAGCGCCUCCUCAGACGGCCAAGUAAAAACAUGCAGCAGAGAUCCCUUCACUCUCCAAACCUCAGACACCAACAACAACGUUGUUGUGGCAUCCACCACCGCACCCAUCAAGUCCCUCAUCGUUCACAACGAUGUCCUCUUCACCGCACACCAAGACCACAAAAUCCGCGUCUGGAAAACCGACGACAACCAAAGCCAAAACUACAAAUGCAUAGCCACGCUUCCCACGCUCCACGACCGCAUCUCCAAGCUAUUCUCCUCCAAAAACUACGUCAAAAUCCGCCGCCACAAGAAACGCACGUGGGUGCACCACGUGGACGCUGUCUCCGCUCUCGCUCUUUCCCAAGACAACUCCCUCCUCUACUCCGCCUCAUGGGACAGAACGUUCAAAGUCUGGCGAACCUCCGACUUCAAAUGCUUGGACUCCGUGCAAAACGCGCACGACGACGCCAUCAACGCCUUAAUUGUGUCGCAAAACGGCGUCGUCUACACGGGUUCCGCGGACACCAAAAUCAAGAUGUGGAAGAAGCAGGAGGAGGAGGGUGAUGAGAAAAUGAAAAGUCAAAAGCAUUUCCUGUUGGGGACGUUGGAGAAGCAUAGGUCAGCGGUGAAUGCUCUUGCGCUGAGCGGCAACGGGUCGGUGUUGUACUCGGGCGCGUGUGACAGGUCGAUAUUGGUGUGGGAGAGCGAUGGAGGGAGCGAGGGUAUGGUGGUGGUGGGGGCUUUGAGGGGGCAUACGAAGGCUAUACUGUGUUUGGUGGCGGUGGGGGAUUUGGUGUGCAGUGGUUCGGCGGAUAAGAGUGUUAGGGUGUGGAGGAGAGGGGUUGAGGAGAAGGGGUAUUCGUGUUUGGCGGUGUUGGAAGGUCAUCGACGACCCGUCAAGUGUUUGGCUAUGGCUGUUGACUCCUUCAACAUGGGUAGUGGUCCUCAUCAGGAUGAUGCUAAUACUACCUCUUAUCUGGUUUACAGUGGAGGGCUUGAUUGUGACAUUAAUGUCUGGCAAAUACGUCUUCCUAGUUAAUUAGUAAUUUCUUCUCAUAUUUUUUUCUUUUUCUUACUAUUGUUUGCUUCCUACACUGGCUUUGUAAAUACUACAAUGAGGCUUUUUUAUUUAGGUUAAAAAUAUAUUUUCCUCUCUUAUAAUAAUUGUUUGUUUCAAUUUAAUCUCACUUUUAUUUUUUGUCUCAA